GAUUCAGGGUCUCAUAAGGCCAACAGGGGCUGUGAUAGAGCGGCCAGGCGGGUGGUGGCAAGGCGAAAGUGGAGCAGCAUGGCCGAAGUGCGCGUGAAUGCCAGCGUUUCGGAUCUGACGAGAAUAGAGCGCAUCGGGGCCCACUCCCACAUCCGCGGGCUGGGCCUCGAUGACGCCCUGGAGGCCCGGGCGGUGUCGCAGGGCCUGGUGGGGCAGACCUCGGCCCGUAAGGCCGCGGGAGUGAUCACCCAGAUGAUCAAGGAGGGCAAGAUUGCGGGGCGGGGCGUGCUGCUGGCGGGGCAGCCAGGCACAGGCAAGACGGCGAUCGCGAUGGGCAUCGCAAAGAGCCUGGGCGCGGAGACGCCCUUUGCCAUGAUCGCCGCCUCCGAGAUCUUCAGCAUGGAGAUGAGCAAGACAGAGGCGCUGACGCAGGCCAUCGGCGUGAAGAUCAAGGAGGAGACGGAGCUGAUUGAGGGGGAGGUGGUGGAGGUGGAGAUCGACAGGCCCGCCUCGGGGCAGAUGGCCAAGACGGUCACGGCGGGCGACGUGGUUGCGAUAGACAAGGCCUCUGGCAAGGUCACCAAGCUGGGGCGCUCCUUUGCUCGGUCGCGGGACUAUGAUGCCAUGGGUGCGCUUGGGGGCCUGCUGUCUGUGUGGUGGGGCAGGGCCCCGCCACCCAAGUUUGUGCAGUGCCCCGACGGCGAGCUGCAGAAGCGGCGGGAGGUGGUGCAUGUGGUGAGCCUGCACGAGAUCGACGUCAUCAACUCCCGCCAGCAGGGCUUCCUGGCGCUGUUUGCGGGGGACACUGGGGAGAUACGGCCAGAGGUGCGGGAGCAGAUUGACGGCAAGGUGGCCGAGUGGCGGGAGGAGGGCAAGGCGGAGAUUGUGCCGGGGGUGCUAUUCAUUGAUGAGGUGCACAUGCUGGACAUUGAGUGCUUUUCUUUCCUCAACCGCGCCCUGGAGAGCGACAUGGCGCCCAUACUGGUGGUGGCCACAAACAGGGGCAUCACCAAGAUCAGGGGCACCGCCUACCGCGCCCCGCACGGCAUCCCCAUCGACCUGCUGGACCGCCUGCUCAUCAUCAACACACAGCCCUACAGCGAGAAGGAGAUCCGCAAGAUUCUGGACAUACGGACUGAGGAGGAGGAUGUGGAGGUGGCUGACGACGCCAAGGACCUGCUGACCAAGAUUGGGGUGGAGACGUCGCUGCGCUACGCCAUCCAGCUCAUCUCGGCGGCCGCGCUGGUGGCGCAGAAGCGCAAGGCGGCGGCGGUGGGCGUGGAGGACAUCAGCCGCGCGUACACGCUCUUCCUGGACGUGCAGCGCAGCGAGUAUGCCCAGGAGUACAUGUACAAUGAGGCAGAAGGGGCAGAUGGGGAGCAGGACGGCGGCGCCGAGAUGCAACAAUAA